UGAUUGUUAAAAGUCUCCAAAACCUCAACUAACUUCAAGAGAGGAAUCGGUCGUGCAGUCCAAUCUUCAUACUCUUUGAAUAAUUUCUAUGUAAUUUUCUCUAUAUCAUUAUCAUAACGGAGACACAGUCUGUACAAUCUGUUUGUCCGAGCUCGCCGAUCAGGUCAAUCAUUGAGCGCAGCUUUGAAACCUAAGAUUACAUUGCCCCGCGCAUUAUCGAUACAUCUCCCAAAGUACGAAGUAAAGAUUGAAACUGUUGUCUAAUCCAAGAUUAAUUGGAUCCAAUAAUUGUUCAAUCGAAGGAAUAUCCUUUCGUUAGGUAUGUCACGCUCUAAUCGAUCAAUACCCCCUUCAUCGCUUCCCCAAACUCGCCCCAAGAUUUACAAGACCGCUGAUAAGAUAGGCACAUCCUAUAGCUCUUCUCUAUUUUAUCAUAUUACGCCAAGAUGGCCUCUCCAUCCCCCGCAAAUUUCGAUUAUACCAAUAGAUCAGACAGAGGCGAUUAUGCCAGUGGGCAAUCGGAAGGAGCAAGAUCUCCUCUGUCAAUGAGUUUGGGGUUCCUUAAAAAUCUCACAGAGAGGAAGUCUACGCGGGGUACGAACAUGAAGAUUUAUGGCAAUUCAUUCAAAUUCAAAGCUAAAAUGCCAUAACAGUUGAUGGUUCAACACCGAAAAGACGAGGACCAAAGCCCGACAGUAAACCCGCGUUAACAAGAAGGCAAGAAUUAAAUCGACAAGCUCAGAGGUACGUUAAUAAAGGCAAUUCAAGCAAUUCGAGUUAGAACCCUACUAAAACCACCUAGAACACACCGAGAGCGCAAAGAACUAUACAUCAAAGCCCUGGAGCAAGAAGUUUUGCGAUUAAAAGAAAAUUUUAGCAACGUAACGCAAAGUAAACAGUCCCUCGCAGAAGAGAAUCGGCAACUGAAACAACUUCUCGCACAACAUGGCAUACAGUGGGAUGGCAGCGGAGGAUUCGACGACUUCACAAAUACUCAAAGUCUAGGAUUUAGAUCAAGUAAUAGUCCGCCCGACAGCUAUGUACUGGCUUCCUCAUCGUCAUUCAGUCCUCCACCUUUAAGCCACUCGUCGAACUCGAAUCCAAACAGUAUGAAUUACGAUACAGAAUCACCUCAAACAGGAGGAGCGAAGGGAUUUUACAACGGAAAUGAUCGUAGCAUGGUUCAACAACAAGUCCAAAGUGUGGAUUAUGAUCAAGCAGGCAUUGACUUUGUUUUAACGUAUGGCAAAGAUUCCUCCAACGCGUACUUGUCGCCACCGGCACAAUAGCUAACGCCAGCAUUCUGAUAUCAGACUCGAGAGACCAUGCAUGGAUCACAUGCAGUUCCUAGUUGAACGAUCAAGCGAUCUUGAUGGAGAAUUUUUUUCAGGCCAUGCUUUGAUGGCUACUUGUCCACCAGAAUCUGAUAUGGAUAUGCAUCCACAUAUACCUUUUGGGCAUUGCAUGCCGCAUAAUCGUAGUCAUGAAACGGAUGGAACGGAUGGAGGUCCCCCGAAACAAAAGACGUGGGACUUGAGCAAGAGCGAUCUAGCUAAUCUACUGGAUUUGAGUAAGAGGUUAGAUUUGAAUGGAGAGAUUACCCCGGUUAUGGCAUGGGGUAUGGUGUUGGCGCAUCCGAAAUUUUUAGAGUUGAACGAGGAAGAUUUUAAGAGCAUGAGUGCGGAGUUGCUACCUAAAGUUAGGUGUUAUGGGUACGUUUGAGUCUUUCCAUUCCUUUUAUGAGGUCUAAAUGAGCUAACCGGAUAGCUUUGGGGCUGCACUCGAGGAAUUCGAAGUGCGGGAUGCUUUGGAAGCUCUGUUUGGAGCAGAACCAGUCCACAUGUCUUCUAUCUAAAAUAUCCUUGGUUUUGAAAGUCUAGUAGGCUAUGUUUGGGAAGGGCGGCUAAGAUAGCGAUAGAAAGCGGCGCAAUGCCAGGUAUGGUUUGUAAUGACCUGGGAAGUACAUCCCAGCGUGGUCUAUAGUAAUCCAGGCGAAAACACAUAUACCAGUUUUACUACUAUAAUAAGGUUAAACUGACAUUCAUAUGUAAUGGCUUUGCUAUUUUGUGCUGCCACUUUCAGAGGCUUGUAAUU